CCUUCUGACCCUGUCCUCUGGAUCCAAAACGUACAUGAACACAACAAUGGCUGCUACGCAGAGUGCAGAGAGUGUGGAGAGCAAAUUACUCCGUGAGUCACGAGGCACACUCCAUGACCUGAUCAGUGGAAGCAUUAUUAACUUAUCUGUCAAAGCAACCUCGGCUAAUCUGCUGACAAAAGAGGAGCAGGAGAAAUGUAGUCACAUGACUUUAACCGGUGGUGAACAAGCAAAUCAAUUUAUGCGAUACAUAUCGAACAAAGUGAGCAGUGAUCCGUCAACUCUCGAAGUGUUCAUUGAAAAAGUUCUUGGCAAAGAAGGAACAUUUCAAAAGUUUGCCCAAGAGUUGUUGGCCAAACUCAACAAUGCGAAAGCAAAGGAAGAACAUCUCACAGCUCCAGUCCAGGAAACUGGUGCUACUGAAACUGGUGUUACUGAAACUGGGGAACAGGAUGAAAGUGGAUCAGGUUUCACAGAAUCAAUGGAUAAAAAUGCUCUCACUGUCUGGCUAAGGAGUAAGAGUAUAUCCCAAAGCGACGCAGAUAUACUACGAGAGCAGGAAGUAUCUGGCGAUUGUUUUAUGGACCUCAGUGAUGGUGAAACAGUGAUGGUGAAAUGA